GACGCUGCACUUUUCUGCCUUUUGCCUCUGUUUGCCGCACUUAUCUCUGAAUGGCGGGAUCUUCGCGCUCGCGUUCUGACUUGUUUUCCGCGUGUACUAGCCGCGAUGUGUAAAUCCUUCUCAAGCAGAGCGUUGAUAUCUUCUUGAAUUUGUUCUACGCAGAAAACAUCGGUAGACGCUACCAGCGCUCAAACUCGUUGUGCUUUGCCUCGUGUGGGCCGCGUUCCUGCGACACCGGACUGAGUGCCAAGAUGACGGAUGUCCAAGAGAGAGACGUAGUGGAUUAUGAAGAGGCCGAAAGCUUCGGGCCGUUGAAAAUCCAGAAGUUAGAGGGCAAUGGUAUUGGAGCAGCAGACAUUCGCAAGCUUGAAGAGGCUGGCUUCCACACUGUUGAGGCAGUGGCAUACGCACCCAAGAAGCAGCUGCUCACCAUCAAGGGAAUCAGCGAGGCCAAGGCUGACAAGCUGCUGGCCGAGGCAGCCAAGAUGGUGCCGCUUGGCUUCACCACAGCCACCGAGAUCCACCAGAAGCGGUCGGACAUCGUGCAGAUCACCACGGGCUCCAAGGAACUCGACAAGUUGCUCGGUGGCGGCAUUGAGACUGGCUCCAUUACGGAGGUGUUCGGGGAGUUCCGCACGGGCAAGACGCAGCUGUGCCACAUGCUGGCCGUCACCUGCCAGCUGCCCAUCGAGCACAGUGGUGGUGAGGGCAAGUGCCUCUACAUCGACACGGAGGGCACCUUCCGGCCCGAACGCCUACUCGCCGUGGCCGACAAGUACGGCCUGUCGGGACCUGAUGUGCUGGACAAUGUGGCCUAUGCGCGUGCAUACAACUCGGACCACCAGACGCAGCUGCUCAUUCAGGCAUCAGCCAUGAUGGCCGAGACCCGUUAUGCACUGCUGAUCGUCGACUCGGCCACGGCGCUGUACCGCACAGACUACUCUGGCCGGGGAGAGCUGAGUGCGCGGCAAAUGCAUCUGGCACGGUUUCUGCGAAUGCUGCUGAGGCUGGCUGACGAGUUUGGCGUCGCAGUGCUCAUCACCAACCAAGUGGUCGCUCAGGUGGACGGAGCAGCCAUGUUCUCGGCCGACCCCAAGAAGCCCAUCGGAGGAAACAUCAUGGCGCAUGCCUCCACCACAAGGCUGUAUCUGCGCAAGGGCCGCGGGGAAACCCGCAUCUGCAAGAUCUACGACUCGCCGUGCCUACCCGAGGCCGAAGCAAUGUUUGCCAUCACGCCCCAGGGCAUAGCUGAUGUCAAGGACUGACAGUUUCUAGUCAAGUAAACACUGUGCAUGUCCUGCACAGUUGGAUGCUGCUCUGUCACUGGCGUGUGACGGGACGUUGUGACCUAUGAUUGACAAGCUGCGCACCAUAUUGAGCUUGGCAUUGAAGCCAAGUGGCUGGCGUUCCUGCUGUGGCGACUGCAGAAAUGCCUGUGUGCUGGGACUAAGGCCAUCAAGUCCCACAGCGCAGCUUCGAGAUGUAGACUAAUUAACUAAACAAACUUGUCUGCAUCUUUUCAUGCGUACUUCGUGGGAGCUUUUACGUGAGUGCUUAACAGUGUUACCAUAAGAACCCAAUAUAAUACAAGGGCUCGUUUUAGGACUGUGAAAAAUAAAAUAAAAAUUGCACACGUAACAUGUAGCACUGCCACAUUCAGUGCUUCUUUAUAAAAAAAAAUUACACCAUCUUCCCGUAGGGGAACCCCGAGUAGUAUGGGAAGCAGCCAUGGGGUCGACCACGGUGCCGACACUGGCGCUGUCCGUGGCACUCAUCGCGGCGUUGCGUAGGUAAGAUUUCUGACGCUGCUCGACGAGUAAUGGCUGAUCUCGUUGAAAACCUCCAAGCCACCCCCAGUGGCACCGGCAACAGUCACCAACGCCACGCGUUCGGUGCGAACGCGGAUAAAACGCCGACGGUGUCGACAACAUUUCUGCGCGUUGUGGCAGCCCCCCAGCGGAGUAUGCAGCGCCUACCGUCGCGCCUCUAACCUAAGCUGCUUCGCAUUAUCGCGCGUGGAGCCGCAGGUGUUGCCAUUCGUUGCGCAAUCCGGAGAGGAGCGUCGGAGAAGACAAGGAGAGGGGGAGGAGGAUGCGCAGUGCGGGUGUGGACGCACGACGGAUGGAUGGAGUGACAUAGCCCCGACCAUAAGCUGCUUCGCAUCUAAAACCACACCGCCUACAUACUUACCAGCUAUUUCUUCAAGACAAUGCAUCGCAAUGGCACAACCUGAAGUGCUUGUCUCUGCUGUCCCAUGUGACUGUGAUAUUCCGCAUUUCCAAAAGGCAUGCAUCUCAAGUGCGCCAAUGUAGUGAGAAGUC